CAAUCUGCACAUCGGGCUGGCCUCAGGGGUUUCAUCCGCUACGGCUGGCGCUGGAGCUGGAGAGUCGCUGUUUUUGUGACAAUAUUCAACACGGUGAGCACUGGUCUGUCCAUGUACCGCAAUAAAACCACCAUCAGUAAUUUUGCUUCGGCGGGAGCCUUCACAGGAGCCCUUUUCAGAAUGCACUUGGGCCUGCCGGGACUGGCAGGCGGCAUCGUGUUCGGAACAGCUUUUGGGAUCCCUGCAGGAGGCCUCUUAAUGGUCUUGCAGAAGUUUGCUGGUGAGACCUUGCAGGAGAAGAGAAGUCGUGAGCGCAGGGAGCUGUAUGAACAGAAGUUAGCAGAAUGGCAUUCUAGGCUCAGCGUGACCGAAGACUUAGGACAAAUGGAAAGCGAUGCCCAGGGAAGACCAGAAAUGGAGAGAGCAAGAGAAUCUAGGAGCUACUGA